CCUCCGUUUCUCUUCUCUUUUAAACCCUCGAGCUUCAAGUUGUGUAGGUUUUUCCGGUUUACCCCCGCCCUUUCUUUCCCUCUUAUUUUUGUUUUUUUCUUCUUCCUCCACAUCGGACGUUUUCCAUCGCCUACACCAGUACACUGCUCUUCUUUUUCCUUCCGCUGGAUUUCUUGCGGACUCUGGUUAUGGCGGUUUCCGUUACUCAAGACUAAAGGAAGCUGCUUUUGCAAAAUUGCAUCAGGACUUCAGGAGUGGUCUGGGCAAUCAUUCACUGCGCCUUCAAUAGCAGUGUCAAGUGUUAACUAUAGAAAUCCCCGUGUAGUUUUUAGACACAUUUUGUUGUUGAACGCUGGAAGGCAGUGUGUCUGAUCAAAGUAUUGUGAAGGAAGAGAGUUUUGGAAAUCACUGAAAUGGCUAACAGCAAAUACGAGUACGUGAAGUCAUUUGAAGUUGAAGACGAGGUGACGCCGCCCAAUAUCAUUGUUGUUCGAAUUGAGGGCAGGGACUUCGAAAGGAGAAAAAAGAAAGAGAGGGGAGGGACAUAAAAAGACAAAAAAGGUAUUUUUCAUCAUCUAUACUCUGAUUGUGCUUACUCUCCAUCUUUUUGUAGAUUUUCUGCAGUUCAUGAGUUUGAGAAACCCAAUGAUGAGAAAGCCGUAAAAUUGAUGAACUCCUGUGCAACUUCUGUAUUAGAAGAGUAUCCAGAUAUUGUUUUUGCAUAUGGAUACGGCCAUGAGUACAGUUUUGUUUUCAAGAAGACAUCCAAGUUCUACCAGAGGCGAAGCAGCAAGAUACUGUCCCUCAUUGUAUCAUUCUUUUCUUCUGUCUAUGCCACUAAAUGGCAAGAUUUCUUUCCCCAUCAGGAGUUGAAAUAUCCCCCUUCAUUUCAUUCACGGAUUAUAUGCUGUGCAGCAACAGAGGUUCUUCAGACAUAUCUUGCAUGGAGACAAAAUGAUUGCCAUGUUCGUAACCAGUAUAAUACUUGUUUCUGGAUGCUGGUUGGAAAAGGUGGGAAGACAGAAAGGGAAGCAGAAGACAUCUUAAAGGAUGCUCAAAAACAAGAUAGAAAUGAACUUCUUUUUCAACAGUUUGGAAUCAACUACAAAAAUGGAGCUGAAAUGUUUCGUCAGGGAUCUUGUAUUCUCAAGAAGAAGGUGGAAGAUAUUGUGAAGUACAGUGAGGAUGGUAUUCCUGUUAAGAGGCUACGGAGAAAGGUGAUUGACAUCAACUCAAAAAACAUAGCCAGUAGAAGUUUUUGGAAUGAGAACCCUAGUCUCCUUGAAGAGCUGGGUAGUUUUACUCAGGAUGUUGACAAAAUUAAACCAGAUUAUAUAAGGUCUUUUUUAUUUGAAAACAAGUUGAUGCCAUCUACUUGGAUUGUGAUUAGAAUCGAUGGCUGCCAUUUUCACAGGUAAAAUUGGUCAUCAUGCUGCUUCUAUUCAUUUGGACUGUGCUUGUUUCCCUUGGCUGCUAGUCAAUGGAAGUUGAAACCCUCCUCAAGAACUCAACCUAGAAGCUUUAGCUGAUAGAUUUUCUGAAGUUCAUGAGUUUACAAAGCCGAACGAUGAGCAAGCUCUUAAACUUAUGAAUUCAUGUGCUGUCACUGUGUUGGAAGAGUUUGAAGAUGUUAAAUUCUCCUAUGGGGUCAGUGAUGAGUACAGCUUUGUUUUGAAGAAAAAUUCGCAGCUAUAUCAAAGAAGAGCCAGGUUGUUUCCCAUGACUUUUCUCCUUUUUUAAUUGAAUACAUCAACUUGAAGUGAAGAACUAAAUUUGGAAAUCUGGAGGUCUAAUUGAUGGUUUCAUAUAUCGUAAGUAGUAGUGCAACUAAGCAGAUUAUCUUAAUCAAGUGAUCUAUGCCACCAUAAGCACUCUCUGCAGACAAUCAAGUCGGCAUGAAACUGAUUGGAAAUCUCUGUUAGAACUUCCUCUAUUCAGUUCAUAUGGCUGGUUUUCUCAACUCAAGAAUGUGGCUUGUAAGAAGUAAAAUUUGAGACACACACAACAUGAAUGCUUAUAUGCCCUCUAUAAAGCUUUAUGAAGCAUAUUAUUAAUGAUUUGAUUUCUUGUGAGAAAAAAAAGCUAUUAAAUAAUGUUAGCAUGAUCAUCCUAUUUUUUGAGUGCAAUACCCAAAUUUUUUACUCCUCCACAAGAUUUCUGACUCUUCAAGACCACCAUUAUUCCAUAAUUUUGCUUGAGAAGAAUUGCAUUGAAUGGGUCCUUUCUAAUUUGACUUUGAUUUAUAGUCGGAUAAUUUGAUGUCUACAGUGAAAUAGUAUCUGCCAUUGUGUCAUUCUUUACUUCAGCAUAUGUAAGGAAAUGGAGAGAAUUUUUCCCGGAUAAAGAGUUGAAAUAUCCUCCAUCUUUUGAUGGACGGGCUAUAUGCUAUCCAUCAUCCAAGAUUCUUCGAGAUUAUCUAGCAUGGAGACAAGUUGAUUGUCACAUCAAUAAUCAGUACAACACUUGUUUUUGGGCACUUGUUAAGUCUGGAAAAAGCAAGAGUCAAGCUCAAGAUUAUUUAAAGGGUACCCAAGCUCUGGAGAAAAAUGAAUUGCUUAGAAAAGAAUUUGGAAUUGAGUAUGAUGCAUUGCCAGUCAUGUUUAGGCGGGGUUCUUCAGUUUUCCGGACUAAGGCUAAUAAGGCUCAGACGCCCGAGAAUGGUGCUUCUGCUGAGAAACUUCAAACCGAAAUAAUUGUUGAUUUCUGUAAUAUAAUUGAGCAGAGCUUUUGGGAAGCAUAUCCAAGCAUUCUUGAUGAGGAAGCCGACUAACCCAGAAGUGCAUUUUGGGCUCAUCUGAAAACUUCUGCCAUUGCUUUUCUCUACCUUUUUUUUUUUUUUUUUUUUUUGAACUUUCCAAAGCAUGUAUAGGAUUCUAGUAUUUAAAACAUAACAUCCAAAAAGCAAAUAAACAGUUCUUCUACGU